GGCGCCGCCGGCCGGCAGGGGCGCUGCCGCAGCGGGGCGGGGAAGCGCGGCGGCGGCGCUGCCAUUCCCGGCUGCGCGGCCGCCUCCUCCCCUCCGCCUCUUCCUGGCCGCGGCCAGAGGAGCUGUGCUGGCAGCGGGGAGGCGGCGGCGGCGGCGCCCAGCUCCCGGCCCGCCAUGGCGAUCCGCAAGAAGAGCAACAAGAACCCGCCGGUGCUGAGCCACGAGUUCAUCGUGCAGAACCAUGCGGACAUCGUGUCCUGCAUGGCCAUGAUCUUCCUGCUGGGGCUCAUGUUCGAGAUUACAGCAAAAGCAGCCGUCAUUUUUGUUACACUUCAGUAUAAUGUUACCAUUCCUGCCACAGAAGAACAAUCUGCAGAAACAAUCUCUCUCUAUUACUAUGGCAUCAAAGACUUGGCUACAAUUUUCUUUUACAUGCUUGUAGCAAUAAUCAUACAUGCUAUAAUUCAAGAGUAUGUACUGGAUAAAAUUAACAGGAAAAUGCACUUUUCAAAAACAAAGCAUAGCAAGUUCAAUGAGUCUGGGCAGCUUAGUGCAUUCUACCUUUUCUCCUGUGUUUGGGGAACGAGUAUUCUUGUCUCUGAGAACUAUAUAUCAGAUCCAACCUCUCUGUGGAGGGACUAUCCGCACACUCUGAUUCCGUUUCAAAUGAAGUUUUUCUACAUCUUACAGUUGGCAUACUGGUUUCAUGCUUUUCCAGAGCUGUACUUUCAGAAAACUAAAAAAGAAGAUAUCUUUCGCCAGAUUGUCUACAUUGGACUUUACCUCUUUCAUAUUGCUGGAGCCUAUCUCCUGAAUCUGACCCAUCUUGGACUUGUUCUUCUGGUAUUGCAUUACUUCGUUGAAUUUCUUUUCCACAUAUCCCGUCUUUUCUACUUCAGUGAUGAAAAAUACCAGAAAGGAUUUUCACUGUGGGCAGUUCUUUUUGUUUUGGGAAGGCUUCUCACCUUGAUUCUCUCAGUCCUCACUUUUGGCUUUGGACUGGCAAGAGCAGAAGAUCAGCAGCUGAAUUUCAGUACUGGGAACUUUAAUAUCCUGGCUGUUAGAAUAAGUGUGCUGGCCUCCAUCUGCAUGACUCAAGCAUUUAUGAUGUGGAAGUUCAUUAAUUUCCAGCUUCGGAGGUGGAGAGAGCAUUCUUCUUCUCAGCCUCAGUCAGUGAAAAAGAAGUUUGUAUCAGCUAAAGGAAAGACCUCCAGAAAAGAAAGAGAAAAUGGAAUAAAUGGAACAGUGACCUCAAACGGAGCAGACUCGCCUCGCAGCAGGAAGGAUAAAUCCUCGUAAAACUGGGUUUUAUUAAGUUAAUUGACUAAUGUCCCCAAAGAAUCUGCUUUUUACAUGGAUGGCCCUUCAGCACUAGAGUUAUUAUGGAUUAAAGAAAAUACAAUUCAUGUUUUUUGAUUAUUGCUGUUGUUUUGAGAAACUUUUUUUAAAAAACCAUUUUGACUAAGGAAAAAGGUUUAUCUCUCUUCAGAUACUUGGGGGGAGGAUUCAACACUUUUUAAAAAAACAUUGACGCUUUUUUAAAUAUUUACUGUGAUGAAAUAACUUAAUGAGGAUCACUGUUGCAGUGUAUUAUUUCCUUCCAGUUUUUGUAAUCUUGGUGAUACUGUUCUACCAACUUCACUUUUUCCAAGUUCCUCAAGAAGUAUUGCAAAAUUGAAGCAAAAACAUAGUAUGCAUUUUCAGAUACUCUGGGUUUUCAGUUAAUUACCUUGACUCAAAUUUACAUUUCAAUUUGGGAUUCCAAGACCACUCCAAUAGACCUCUUUAUCUGGUAGUUACUAGCUGCACGAUGUCUGCUCUAAGAAUUGCCCCAUAUAAUUAAAACAAAACUGAACUAAUUGGAAAUGUUGCAGAGUCUUAUUGUUUGUUGGUUAGAAAUCUCUUACGAGGAGCACAACACUUUUUUGAGAUAUAGUUUUUAGCACCUGAAAAUUAGAAGGGAGGUUUCUAUGGGCAUAGAAACAGUUGGUUUGAUUAGCACUGUCCACUUCUGUCUGUGAUUUUGAAGUGUACGUAUCUUGGAGAAUUAGUGUGCGUUGGACCUUCUUGGAAAACCUGUCUGUCUGAUUUUAUGGGUGGAGGUUGUUACAAUGUGUUGUGUUUGUUUUGGGAGGCAAUUAAUGCUCUGUGAAGAGGGGAUUAGAUAAAUGGAUCAAGUGAUGAGAAACAUUCCUUUAUUCUAACUGCUUUGCUUUGUUUCACCUCUGUUAGGAAAUAGUUUGAUUUCUCCUAUAUAUAUUUUUAUGAAAAAAAUAUUUAAAAGCUACAGCUUCUUAAAACUGAUUUAUUGUGACCUCUACUACAACUGGAAAAAUCUAAAUUGAAGAAUUUUUCCGUUAUCUUUCAUAAUUGUAUUCAAUGUGAAACUUUGUCCAGUUAGUUUUCCAGUUUAAUAUGCAGAUGAUGUUUUCUCUGUACACUUUUGUAAUGGGUAUAAUUCAACCUGUUUCACUUGAGAACGAGUGAGACAGUUAUUGCAGUCUUAAGAAGAAGUUGCUGAAUUAGUCUAUCAAGUUAACCCAAGUAUUGAACUGCUUAUUGAUUAAGGAGUAAUUAUGAGCACUCAAGCUGAUAAAUAAAAUAAUUUUAAUUAAAAACUGUUACUAUAAUUGAGUUUAUACCAAACAAAAUUAUAAAUCUGCAUUCUGUAUUUUCUAGAGUUCAAUUUUGCUUACUAUUCAGAAUAAAGGUUUCUAGUACAAAAUCCUCACUACAAGUAA